AUGACUAAGGCGAAUAAGAAAAACAAAUCCAAAGGAACCAAAAAUUCAGAACGGUCAAAUACUAGAGCUUUAACAAAGGAAAGAACACACGAAUCUCAACACGACCCGUUUGGAGUUGUAGCGCCGUCAAGUACGGUGUCUACAACUACAACGCGUUCCAGUUCAAUUGAGCCCCAACAACAAAAUUUGGAAAACUCGUCUAAACCGAAAACUCGUAAAUGCAAAAGUAAAAGGAAGAAUAGUACCACAUCCAAAAAAAAUACCAAAUCCAAGCAGAACUCCAAACAGGGUCACAUAAAACCACCUGAAAUUGAUUAUUCUAGUCACUCUUCUGAUGACGUAGACGAGUUAAAACUUAAGCGCGAAUAUCGUCGGCAUAUGAAAGAAAGUGACGAGAAGGAAGCCAAUUUCAUCGUGCUUCGAGAUAUAAAACGAGAAAUAGACGAGGAAGAGACUUCUCUAAAAUCCGAGACUCAUCCCAAGUAUAAAGAAGAAAUAAACCAAUUAGAUAUGAAAAUACAACAGUCGCGAGAAGUUCAAGAUAAAAGAAAAGAACUUGGUACUGAACAUGCAAAAAUAGAAUAUAAUGCAGGGGCUUUACAAGUAAAACAACAAUAUGUGUUAAGAAAAGAACUUAUAGAAAAACUUGAGAUAUCAAAGUAUCAAAUAAUAAGAGAAUACAACAGAUUAAUAUCAGGAUCUCGAUAUCAAAUGUAUGACCUAAUUAUUCGAGAAGGAGCUAUUUUACCGUCUAUGAAUGAUUUUGAACGCCGAAAUUAUAUUGAAAACGACUUUAGAGCCAUUACAUUGGGCCCUAGGAUUUCAAAUCCUCUAGCAGUUCCAGCAGAAGUGCGUCCUCGAAUUUCUCAGAAUUUACUACCCCCGAGAACUAAUGAUUCAAUAGGAAAUGCAUCAUCAGUAUUCUCGAGUUAUGGAUCUCGCAACAAUAUGAACAAUGUGUUACGAAAUCAACAAUCUUUACUAAACAAUAAUUUAAUGAGUAACGGAUUGAAUUCCAUGUCCUCUAAUUUUAUGGAUAUAGAUUAUCGUCAGCGACAGUCUCAAAAUCGACUGAUGUCUCCUAAUGUCAAUCGAAUUAGUAGUAGAACAACAUCAGAUUGGAGUAAUUUGUCGAAUUCAAUUUCGUCGUUAUCUCCACUUAAUUUACGACAACAAGCAAUGCCAACAAAUUCAAUUGACGAGUGUUCUGUAAUGUCUUCAAGUUGUUCGUCAGGUCCGCCACCAAAAAGUGAAAUAAUAUAUGGUUGGCUAGAGAAAGGUUCAAAGGGGAAAAAUGACUCGGACCGAUGA